AUGAUCUUAGCGCUUGACAACCACUUCCAGCUCCGGGAGGAACAGAAGCGUGAUCAACCUGACAUACCCAGUCCUUGGGGGUCGCCGAUACCAAUCCCUGGAGCGGGGACUUACUCCCCCUGUUGCGUCGCUGUUGACCGUCAUCCAAUUCACCCGGCUACGAUGGUGGAGUUGCACCGCGACCCUCCUGGCCCGAAGGAGACCGAGUGGAUAGAGCUUCGACUCUGCGGGUCCUAUUCUAGAGAAAUCGAAAGCGGAGACCCACAGGUCUUUUUCUUGCCUCAGACGGAGACAGCGUUAAGCAAUCUGCCUCGGGUGCGCCACCAGAUCCGGGAGAUCAUUUCAAACACCUUGCUAUGGUCGCAAGCUAUGCUGCACUUCCGCUUGGCUAUAUACCUGCACGGAAAGGGACCACUGUCCUCCCCAGUGCACACAACAAGCACACGCUGGUCGGGGGCGUCCGCCACCUCAAACUUGCUCGAUCCGGAAUGGUUUGUGCUCAACAUAGAUGCCAAUUUUGAUUCGCGCGCGAGCUCAGUGGCUGAGAAAGAGGGGGGCAUGGACAAGCUUCAGUGA